AUGGCUACCAUUGCUCUCCCCCGUCCAAUCCCUGCCCACCGAGCCUCCUCGGGUCUUUCCCUGAGCUCGUCUUCCAUUGCCAUAGACAGCAUCAACGCGAAUCCAGUACCGAACAAACAUCUACCAGUAUGCCCUCCGGGUCCCGUCCCAAGAUCCGCUCCUCACCCUCACGAUAACCACCCGCCAACGCCCGAGUCACUCGAUUCCGACCAAACUGCCGUCAGCGAAUCCUCUCAAUCGAUACUGUUCCCUCCCGAUGCCUUCCCACGCUUGGGGUCCGCCGAUGGUGGUAGUCUCGUUGUCUACCAGCUCACACCCAGAGACAUAGCCAAUGCUCUGGAUCACAUUGCAAGACAACCGUUGCCAGACCCUUCCGCAGUCUUCCCAUGGCUGCACGGCCUGCACCCCCAGAACCACAUCCAGCAGGCAUUCUUUGUCCAGCGCCGCCGUUCUCUACGCCGGACGCCGCAUUGUCUGCGUAGCGUGACACUCGUCAAGGCCGACGGUGACCUCAGCACCUCGCGGCUCAAGGGAGCCAUUGCUCCUCAAGAAUUUCUGCAGAGCGACGCCGCCGAGUUCAUUGACGUUGAUCCCAAGGACGGCUUUUCUGUCCGCAACUUUCAGAUUCAGUCGGCAAAAACAGCCAUGACUUCAGACAUAGUAGUGUACGGCGAUGACGAACCCCUGGUGCGCAAGGUCGCCUGGGACAUAGCCAAUGCACAGCAAGCUUGGCGCCAGAAGCAUAUAGACCAAGGCGAUCUCGCACUCCCCGAGUACAACACCUUUGUGUGUCUUUCACGCUUUUCCAGCUUCGAGAAGAAUCACCCAGAGAUAGUGGCUGUUGAUUCCAGCGGCCGCUUGACCGGCAGAGUCGUCGAUAUCUUUACUCAGGAGAGGAAGGAGAUGUAUGCCAUGACCAAGGCUUCUGAGAUUGCACCAAAUGUCUUUCUCGGCCCAACACCUGACCCAUCUACGGGUGAGGAUCAGGACUACGACGUUUUCAUAGAGUGCAACGACAUGGGACAACUGAGCCCAGUCUGCCUCCAGGCGCUCGUCGGAGUGCCUGAUGAGGUAAUACAACAGGUCUUUCUGGAUUUCCCAUCAUCAGGAUCUAUCCUGCCGCCAACUUGGUCCCAGGCUGAGGCUGACGGCAUUCUGGACACAUGCAAAUGGCUUUACCAUCUUGCUCAAGGAACCUGCCCGGAUCCAGUCGAUAUCGAUGACGAUGAAGCUAUGACAGGGGCCAGUAGCCAGUCAAGGUUUCCACCCCGAAAGAUUCUCAUCCACUGUCAGGACGGGUACACCGAGUCGACCAUGCUUGCUAUCGCCUAUGUCAGCUACGCGACGGGGAUGCCGGUUCCCGAAGCGUGGCUGCACUUGCACACGGUCAAGAAGCGAAACUUCUUUGCAUACCCGACAGACGUUGCCCUUUUAACAGCUAUAGCACCCCGGUUGUUGUCUGCGUCUCCUGUUCAUGCAGAGACCACCAGCUUAGCAGAAAUGACUGCAAUGUUGAAGAGCGAACGGAACGAACCGAAGUGGCUAGCCGGACUCGAUGGGUCUUUGCCAAGUAGGAUCUUGGACUAUAUGUAUCUGGGGAACCUCGGUCACGCAAACAACCCCGAUCUUCUGCGAGAACUAGGUAUCGGCCAGAUCUUGAGUGUUGGAGAGACGGCAAUGUGGCGUGAUGGUGAGCUGGAACAAUGGGGACCAGAGAAUGUCUGUAUCGUCGAGAACGUUCAAGACAACGGGAUCGACCCUCUUACGUGCGAGUUCCAGCGUUGUUUGGAGUUCAUCGAACGCGGCCGCCGCAAUGGUACAGCGACCCUCGUCCACUGCCGUGUGGGAGUGUCACGCAGCGCGACAAUCUGCAUCGCCGAAGUCAUGAAGGAGCUGAAACUUUCAGUACCGCGGGCGUACAGCUUUGUUCGCGCGCGCCGCCUGAACGUUAUUAUCCAGCCACACCUCCGCUUCGCCUACGAGCUUCUCAAGUGGGAGGAGCUGUUGCAGCUGCACUGGAACGGCGAGAUCCGGCGCGAACUCGAGUGGAGCGAGAUCACACGCGAGAUCGCUCUCAUGAACCGGCCCUACGCUCGAUAA